AUGAAGUGGAGCUGGGGCCCAGUGCUGCUCUUCGCGGGUGCCACGGUCCUCAUGGAGGGUCUUCAAGCCGCUCAGCGUGCCUGUGGACAGCGUGGCCCCGGUCCCCCCAAGCCUCAGGAGGGCAACACAGUCCCCGGCGAGUGGCCCUGGCAGGCCAGUGUGAGGAGGCAGGGAGCCCACAUCUGCAGCGGCUCCCUGGUGGCGGACACCUGGGUCGUCACCGCUGCCCACUGCUUUGAAAAGGCAGCAGAGAUAGAACUGAACUCCUGGUCAGUGGUCCUGGGUUCUCUGCAGCGUGAGGGACUCAGCCCUGGGGCCGAAGAGGUGGGGGUGGCUGCCCUGCAGUUGCCCAGGGCCUAUAACCACUAUAGCCAGGGCUCAGACCUGGCCCUGCUGCGGCUCACCCACCCCGUGACCCACACACCCCUCUGCCUGCCCCAGCCUGCCCAUCGCUUCCCCUUUGGAGCCUCCUGCUGGGCCACUGGCUGGGAUCAGGACACCGGUGAUGCUCCUGGGACCCUACGGAAUCUGCGCCUGCGUCUCAUCAGUCGUCCCACAUGUAACUGCAUCUACAACCAGCUGCACCAGCGACACCUGUCCAACCCGGCCCGGCCUGGGAUGCUAUGUGGGGGCCCCCAGCCUGGGGUGCAGGGGCCCUGUCAGGGAGAUUCCGGGGGCCCUGUGCUGUGCCUCGAGCCCGAUGGACACUGGGUUCAGGCUGGCAUCAUCAGCUUUGCAUCAAGCUGUGCCCAGGAGGACGCUCCUGUGCUGCUGACCAAUGCAGCUGCUCACAGUUCCUGGUUGCAGGCUCGAGUUCAGGGGGCGGCUUUCCUGGCCCAAAGCCCAGAGACCCCAGAGAUGAGUGACGAGGACAGCUGUGUAGCCUGUGGAUCCUUGAGGACAGCAGGUCCCCAGGCAGGAGCACCCUCCCCGUGGCCCUGGGAUGCCAGACUGAUGCACCAGGGGCAGCUGGCCUGUGGCGGAGCCCUGGUGUCAGAGGAGACAGUGCUGACUGCUGCCCACUGCUUCAUUGGGCGCCAGGCCCCAGAGGAAUGGAGCGUAGGGCUGGGGACCAGACCGGAGGAGUGGGGCCUGAAGCAGCUCAUCCUGCAUGGGGCCUACACCCACCCCGAGGGGGGCUACGACGUGGCCCUCCUGCUGCUGGCCCAGCCUGUGACACUGGGCGCCAGCCUGCGGCCCCUCUGCCUGCCCUAUGCUGACCACCACCUGCCUGACGGGGAGCGCGGCUGGGUCCUGGGACGGGCCCGCCCAGGAGCAGGCAUCAGCUCCCCCCAGACAGUGCCUGUGACCCUGCUGGGGCCUAGGGCCUGCAGCCGGCUGCAUACAGCUCCUGGGGGUGACGGCAGCACUAUCCUGCCGGGGAUGGUGUGUACCAGUGCUGUGGGUGAGCUGCCCAGCUGUGAGGGCCUGUCUGGGGCACCACUGGUGCAUGAGGUGAGGGGCACGUGGUUCCUGGCUGGGCUGCACAGCUUCGGAGAUGCUUGCCAAGGCCCCGCCAGGCCGGCGGUCUUCACUGCGCUCCCUGCCUACGAGGACUGGGUCAGCAGUUUGGACUGGCAAGUCUACUUCACCGAGGAGCCAGAGCCCGAGGCCGAGCCUGGAAGCUGCCUGGCCAACAUGAGCCAACCAGCCAGCUGCUGACAGGGGACCUGGCCGUUCUCAGGACAAGAGAAUGCAGACAGGCAAACAGCAUUACUGCCCCUGCCCUCCCCACCUUGCCAUGUGUGAUUCCAGGCACCAGGGCAGGCCCAGAAGCCCAGCAGCUGUAGGAAGGAACCUUUCUGGGGCCACAGGUGCCCACUCCCCACCCUGCAGGACAGCGGUGUCUGUGGACACUCCCACACCCAGCUCUGCUCCCACACAGGCAUCCCAGCUUUCCUCCUCCUUUACCCUUUCAGAUACAAUCACGCCAGCCAUGUGUUUUGAAAAUUUCUUUUUUUGGGGGGCAGCAGUUUUCCUUUUUUUAAACUUAAAUAAAUUGUUACAAAAUAGACUUUA